GGCUGUUUGCAGACAGGAAGCACACGAAGCUGAGGGAAACAGGUUUUUUUCCCCCAUCUUUCUUCUGUGUGAUCCCUUUCCUCAGGAAUUUGGUUUGUUUUGCCUUCAGCGCACACAUUAGACUAUCAAUUACAUUAGACCAAUCCCACCUUUGUUAUACAAAGAGCUUCCCAAUGGAGAGAAGAGCUGUGGCCUUGAGGGCGAUGAUCAAGAAGCACCAUCCUAAGAAGGAGAAUCUUGACCCUCGAACGUGGAUGAGAGAGGAGACUCUGAGAGGCUUUGCUGACUUCAUACGGAACAAGCACUCGGACAAAGACACAGACACCAGCUUUGACACCAAAGAGAUGUUACUUGAUGCAGAGAAGCAGUUUAUGGAAGCAGCUAAGAGGAAUGAUGUGGAGACCAUGAAGACUCUUGGAAAAGGGCUGAACGCCAAUGCUAAGAACGUGCAUAACAGGACUGCCCUUCACUAUGCAGUAGCCGGCAAAAACAUAGAAGCUGUUCAGCUUCUUCUACAGCGCAGGGUCAAGGUGGACCAAAAGGACAAGUACGGUGUGACACCCAUUCAUUUGGCUGCCUGGUUUGGCAGUUUGGAGAUCCUGAAAUUAUUAGUGCAGGCUGGUGCUGAACAGAAGGUUGAGAACGAGGAAGGACAGAAUAUUAUGCAUUGUGCUGCUAUCAAUAACCACACUGAAAUUGUCGAGUAUAUUGUUAAUGACCUACAGAUGCAAGAACUAGACAAAGAUGACAAGUCAGGGCACCGGGCAUUUGCACUGGCAGCAGAGCACGGGUCUGUUGAAAUGUUAGAGAUGUUGAUGGAGCCGUACAAAAUGGCCACCAUGAAACCCAACAAGAGCGGGGACACGCCCCUGCACUUAGCUGCCAGGAACGGCCACUUGGAUGCUGUCCAGCUGCUGCUGCAGAGCUUUGAUACUCGGGAUGAAGUCAAUAUGGAUGGUGAAACAGCUCUGUAUCAAGCUGCAGACAACGGACAAGAAGAGUGUGUCCUGGCCCUGCUGGAGGCUGGCUGUGACCCCAACAUCCCCACAACGGACAAAUGCAGCGCUCUCCAUCCAGUUUCAGAAAGAGGAGACACAUCUCUUGUCCAAAUCCUCUUAGAGUACAAAGCCAAUACUGACUUUCAGAAUCAGCACCUAGAGGCUCCUCUCCACCUGGCAGUGAAGAACAGUCACAUCCCUGUCAUCCGUUCUCUGUUGGAUGCUGGCUGCAACAUUAAUGUCACUGAUAAGAGGUCCCAGACUGCUAUACACCUUGCUGCAGAGUUGGCUAAAAUAGAAGUUGUGGACAUGCUUCUUAAAGCUGGGCUGGAUCUGGCACUCCGGGAUAGGCAGGGUAAAACGGCUCUGGGUGUGGCAGCCAGAGCAAACGAGGUGAUUAUUGUGGACAUGAUCAUCAAAGCAGAGAGAUACUACGCCUGGAGGCAGGCCAACCCCGAACUUCACGAAGGCGUUCACAGUGAGCAUCCGCUAACGUUUAAACUUGACCACCGCUAUGAGACCAGGCAAUACCGUUCGAAGGCCUGGCGCCUGGCGUACGAGCUCCUGAGACCAGGAGACUGGAAAAGACUGGCAGAACACUGGGAGUUCACUAAGGAGCAAGUGUCUGCCAUCGAGGAGCAGUGGACAGGUCAGAAAAGCUACCAAGAGCACGGAAACAGGAUGUUCCUGAUCUGGCUCCAUGGAGAGGGGUUGGCUCGGAGGAACCCUCUGGGAGAACUCUACCAGAGACUCAACCUCAUAGGGAACAAGAAAGCUGCAAGUAUGAUUCAGAUGGAGGCAAAAAGUAAAAAGACCUGCAGCAUCUCAUGAUUGCAACUACAACAAAAUGAACUCCAUGUUUAGAUCAUUCUAAACUACUGAUCCAUGAGGAAAGUUAGCAUUAAAAUAAUUUAUUUUAAAAAGAAAA